GACUCGUGCUCCGGCGUGCGGGUGCGCAGCCUCCACAUCCAGAACGCGCAGCAGAUGCACCUGACGGUGUCGCGGUCGCGCGGCGUGCGGCUGGACAAGAUGGCCAUCACGGCGCCGGGGGACAGCCCGAACACGGACGGCAUCCACGUCGCGGAGUCCACCGCGGUGACCAUCACGAGCUGCCGCAUCGGCACCGGGGACGACUGCAUCUCCAUCUCCAACGCCAGCUUCGCGGUCAAGAUGCGGGGCAUCGUGUGCGACCCAGGUCACGGCAUCAGCAUCGGCAGCCUCGGCCAGGGCGGCUCCUACGCCGCCGUCGAGGGCGUCUCCCUCGACAACGCCCGCAUCGCCCGCGCCCAGAACGGCGUCCGGAUCAAGACGUGGCAGGGCGGCGCCGGCUACGUCCGGAACGUCCGGUUCUCCAACGUGCUCGUCGACGACGUCGACCACCCCAUCAUCAUCGACCAGUUCUACUGCGACCAGAAGACGCCGUGCGCGAACCAGAGCACGAACGUGCAGGUGAGCAACGUGGUGUACCGGAACAUCACCGGCACGUCGAGGCGGGCGGAGGCGAUCAAGUUCGCGUGCAGCGACGCCGUGCCCUGCAGCGACAUCGUGCUCAGCAACAUCAACUUGUUACGGGAGGACGGCUCCGAGGUGCAGACAGUGUGCAACUGCGCCAUGGGGUACGACUAUGAGCCCGUUCGCCCUGCCGCGGACUGCCUCAGAAACAGCGAGUGCGACGGCGGCGGGGACAAGAAGGUCGGCGGCGAGGAGCCAAAGGCCCUGCCGCUACACACCGAACUCUGAAAACCAUACGAUGGUGCCGAUGCAACGUUCCAAACAUGCCCUUUUGACCAAGUUUGUAAGUACUAUAAUUAACUAGGAUUUAUAUUUAUUUUUAUCGUCCCUUGUACCCGUUGAUAGAUUAAUCAGAAUAUGAUGUUUGAUUUUACAUGUGUCCGUGUGUGUGGUGACUGGC